GGAGCGGCUCCUGCUGUGCCGGGCACGUCGAGAGGAGCCGCUGCUCGUGACAGCAGCAGUGAGAAUGAACGCCUUCAGUAAGUGCUGCGAUGGAACAGGAAGGUUUACCGAAGAACAGCGGCUCGUUGUGCCUCCGGGCUCCGCGUCACCUCUGCGCGCUGCUGUCCGGACUGCAGGCGACUCUGCCGGAGCAGUGACACGGAAUUUACCCAAUCAGCAGAGUGAGGAGAAGAGACGCGCGAGGGAGUAAGAGGCAGAGUCAUGGAGAAACUGAGCAGAGGCAAGGAGGACAUGCAGACAGCGAAGAAAGACAAGAAGCCCAAAGCGGGGAAGCUUUUCCGGAAGAAGUCUCUGAGGUCCGUGGGGAGCUUUAUGAACAGAAUCAUCAGAACUUUGGGGACUUUCACCCACUUUGGAGACGCGGACGCGCGUGACGCGGAGGACGAUGACGGAGGGUUCCGGAACGGCGCACCUUGCACCCUGAGCGCGAGCUCCGGGGUCAUGAAAGAGGACGUACAGGUGGUGUGGGACCGCGUGGCCAAAAACACCUCGAGCACGUCCUCCUCUCUGUGCACCGGCAGAGAGAAACUCCUGUUCCAGUACGGGGACAAGGUCCCAGGUGUGCUGGGUCUGAAGAACCACGGGAACACCUGCUUCAUGAACGCUGUGGUGCAGUGUUUGAGCAACACGGACCUGCUGGCGGAGUAUCUGGGGCUGGAGUGGUACAAGCUGGACCUGAGUCAGACCAGACUGAACGGGGUGGUGAGGAGUGAUGAGGUGAUGAGGUUUGCAAAGGGAGAGGUCACGGAGCAGCUGGCAUCACUUGUGAGGGCUCUGUGGACUCUGGAGUACACCCCACAGCUGUCUGUGGACUUCAAGACUGUAGUGUCCAAGUAUGGGUCCCAGUUUCGUGGUAAUUCCCAACACGACGCCCUGGAGUUCCUCCUGUGGCUGCUCGACCGAGUCCACGAAGACGUGAACAUGGCCGCCCACAACAACAACAACAAGAUCAAGGCUCUCGGGGAGGGUCCAGGGGAAGCUGAAGAGGUGUCGUGUCCAGACCCGUCCCAGUCGCAGAACUCCGGAGUCCAGCACAGCUUCGUCCAGGAACACUUCCAAGCACAGUACAAGUCGUCUCUGACGUGCCCACACUGUCUGAAACAGAGCAACACCUUCGACCCCUUCCUCUGCAUCUCGCUGCCCAUUCCUCUCCGACAGACCAGGCCGAUGUGUGUGAUCCUGGUGUUCAGCACUAAAGGACAGAGGUACCUGCGGGUCGGGCUGGCCGUGCCUUUGUUCGGGUCUGUGGCGGGCCUGAGGAGGAUGGCGGCCGACGAGGGGAAGAUUUCUCCAGACCAGGUGAUCCUGACGGAGGUCUACCCCUCGGGCUUCCAUCGCUCCUUCUUCGACGAGGAGGAUCUGACCUGCAUAGCGGAGAAUGACAUCAUCUACGCUUUCCAGGCUCCGCCCCUUUACAUCAGGGGAGGCUCUGCACGGAUCUCAGGUUACCAUCACAGCCUCCCGUCGUCCCCGUACUCCACCGGUCCUGAGGGUCAAAGGUUGCCGUCAUCCGGCGCGUUGUCGACAGAGUUCCUGAACCAGGGCGCCCCUGUUAAGAUCCUGCUGCUGGUGUGUAACGCUGCAGGAGCCGGCCAGCAGACUGUGAGGUUUGGACCUCCGUUCCUAAUGAGAGAGGACCGGUCUAUUUCCUGGGACCAGCUGCAGCAGAGCAUCCUCAGCAAACUGUAUUACCUGAUGAUCAACGGAGCUCAGGCGCAGAACCACCGAGUGCUGUUCAACAUCCGAGUGGUGGGAGGGUCAGCGUUUUACAGCUACCUGUCGCCUCAGGACGGGCGCCCGCUCUACCACCCUGCCGUGGACAGAGCUCUGAAGCUGUGCGGCUCAGGAGGACCUCCACAUGUGAAGCUCAUCAUCGAGUGGGAGCCCAGAAUCAAAGACUGCCUGUUUGGAAACAUCCGUGAGGAGGUGGUGAAGGAUGCAGACAGCGUGAGGAAUCAGCAGCAGCAACACGUCCAGCAGUACAGCUGCACACUGGAUGAGUGCUUCCAGCUGUACACCAAAGAGGAGCAGCUGGCCCCGGACGACGCCUGGAAGUGCCCCCACUGUAAGCAGCUGCAGCAGGGCAUGGUGAAGAUGAGCCUGUGGACGCUCCCGGACAUCCUCAUCCUCCACCUGAAGCGCUUCAGGCAGGUGGGCGAGCGGAGGAACAAGCUCACCACGUUCGUGCACUUUCCUCUGGCCGGCCUGGACAUGACGCCGCACAUGGUGAGCCGGGGACACGUUACCCAUCAGCCCCCGCUGCAGCUGGGCUGGACGCAGUCCCGGAGACCCGACCUGGCUCCUCCUGACUUCCUGUACGAUCUGUACGCCGUGUGCAACCACCACGGAGGGAUGCACGGGGGACAUUACACAGCUUUCUGCAGGAACUCGGUGGACGGUCAGUGGUACAGCUACGACGACAGCAGCGCCGAGCCGGUUCCAGAGGCGGAGGUGUGCACGCGGGGAGCCUACAUCCUCUUUUAUCAGAGAAGAAACACCAUCCCUCUGUGGUCUGCCAGCUCCUCGCUCACCGGUUCCACCAGCUCCUCCACCUCCGACCACUGGCUGGUCCGGCUGGCGGGGGGCAGUAAGAGAGGCAGCGUGGGGUCAGGAGGACCUGUUCCUGGACCCCAAGGACCCACAGUGGCCCCAGAGUCUCCAGAGCUGCCUGUGUUUGGAGACGAGCCAAUCAGAACACACGAAUCAAAUGGGUUCGAAACUAAGUUCAUCCGAGGGACUCAAGGCCGGAGCGUGAGCAUGAGGUCACCGAAUAAACCCAAGGAGGCCCUGAGCAAAGUCCUGCCUCUACGCUGGUCUUUUGGCUCCAAGGACCGCAUCAAACCCCCGGUCCAGAGGCAGCCCGGAGAGCUGGUGGAGUACCUGGAGUCCGGACGCCGGCCCAGGUGCACCAAAGAACCGAUCAUCGCACUGGUGGCCACCCCGCCUCAGAGGAGCGCCCACGCACGAGGCUUCGAGGGGGGACAGGACUGCAGCUCUCCCAGCGGCAGCAGUCUGAGCUGCACCGACAGACCCGGGUCAGACUCCUGCUACUCCCCCAAAAUCCCAGAGGGGCAGAGCAGACCGUUCAUGGAGAGAGGCUUCAACGGCAGCGUGCUCAAAGGACGGGAUUACAGUUCUCUGAGGCAGAGGUCCUCCAAGAGGGCGAGGCAGGACCAGGGCCGGACCCUGGAUCUGCAGCACCAGAGAGGAGCCUUGCUAGCGGAUCACAUGAGCCAUAGUGCUCCUCCGAGCAGAGACUCCACGUUAAGAAGGACCAAAGUCCACACAGGGGGGACAUCCAGACCACAUAAAGACCUGUUACAGAUGGUCCUUCAGCCUGAGGACCGGAGGGGUCAGAGGGGACAGGAGGGCCGCAGUCAUGAGAGCCUUUUAUCCUUUUUCAAACCGGGCUUCAUGAGGAAAGAAGUUCCCGGGUCCCCGAUCAAAACCUACGACAUGAGACGGAUGAACGGCCACGGACACCUGGGCCGGUUAGCGUGCAGCAACUUAGCCAAACUGUCUCUGUCCAACGGGACCCUGACCUCGGGACCGGCAGAGGACAGGAAGGCCGCCAUCCUGCAGAGCUGCGACGCUCACAACUGCAGAGUCCAGCUGGUGAACGGGAAGGCCGGGAUCCACGACCCCGUGGACAUAAAGCGGGCGCACAGCUCCAGCAACAUCCAGACCAAGAUGGACCUGACGUUUCGCCGGUGUGCGUCCCUGCAGAGGAACGGGGACAUCGUGGUCCCUCCUUCUCACCGAGUCCUGAUGUCGGACAAACCGAGCUACGCCACGCUGCAGCGGACACGAUACAGUACCACCUCUCUGGUUCCUCUGUGAGCGUCGGCUGAAUGAAGCGACCUCCUGACGGAUUCCUACGACACGGCGAGAAGCCGCCACACGGAGGCAGCGGCGAUGAUGUCACUGGACUCAGAGUUUACCUUCCUGCCCUCCCUCUUAGGACUGAUAUCGGUUCUACCUGUGUGUGUCUUAAACUAAAUCUAUGCAGAGCUGGACGGACUGAGGAGAACACUGCUGUGACAUGAUUCUGUUUUAUAUCUGAGUUUGUGAUUAAUGUCAGAGAGGAGGAGAGAGAUUUGAGGAACUGGAGGCAUUUUUUAACUCAUGUUUUAUUUAAAAAAAUAACCCUCUCUCUUCGGACGGUGAGAAUGAGGUGAGGGGAUGAAAGCAUAGAAACACCUGCACUGUAAAUUGGCUACUAACACAACGUGCAUCUUCUGCUUCUUCAUAUUUUAUCAGUGCAUCUUUAUUCUUUAAUGCUCCAGAAUUAUGCAGCCAACAUCCUGCAUUUGUAACAUUAACCUUUACUCCUGAUGUUUGCAGAAGAAGAACGUCACAGAGAAUGUUUUCAUUCUGUGUUUCAGGUGAUGAUUGAGGGGAAUCUAGAGCUUGUGAUCCACAGGGCUCGGUUCUUCUAAAGGGGAAUGUGAUCACGAUGAGAGGCAGAGAGUGAGGAGAGAGUUUCUAAAGAAGCGAUCGUAGGUGAGGAUUUUAUACGGAUCAAAAAAGAUCAACGUAAAUAUUCCAGACGGCUGAAAAUGAACCUGAGCAGCCUGUCCAGGUAUCAACGUUAUCUGAGAUGAACAGAAGGAUGCAUCUCACCACAGCCUGAGAUAGAUGAGAGUGAAAGCCAGCAUAUUACUGAAUGGAUUUGGCGCCCCCUGUGGACAAAGUAUGUAAUCCCACAUGUAUAGUCCUGCACUGUGUUGCAGCAGCUGUGCGUCAGCUCAAACGAAGCCUAGUUUGAAGGUGAUUUCUAACUCAGGAUGGAGUUUACCCCUCCUCCGUUUUUCAUUCCCUGCACACAUGUGUGCUAACAAGGAGCUUAGGAGGGAGGCAUGCUAGUUGUAGGCUGUCUUAAUAAACACAAAGGUCGCUUUGACUCCCCACGUCUGCAGAUUUGAAGAUCUAGUGGAGGAUUUUUAGUUUUCAUGGAAAAGUGCUAGCGCUAGUUAGCAUAGCCACAUAGCUACAUGUUGGUAGCUGUGUACCAAGACACACGUCGACAUGCUGAUAAAUAAAACAACAAGAAACACUAAAUCUGUGACCAAUGGUUCAGAAAGGUCCUGCUGCAGGCGCCUCUCCGUCAGGAUCAGAUUCUGGAUCAGAUUCAGAGGGUUGAAGUAACGCGGGUCUGUGAGCAGCCGUGUAUAUUCAGCCAACAUGUAAACAUUAGAUCAACGUGCUGGACAGCUGAGGCCACACCCACUUCCUGAGGGGGCGUGGUCAGAGAGCUCAUUCUCAUUUAAAGGCACAGACACAGAAACAGCCUGUUCUGAGCAGGGCUGAAAAAGAGGGGUUUACAGGCAGACCAGAAUCUGAUUUCAAAGAGUUUUAUGAGCAAUAAACUUUAAAGACAUGUUUUGGGGACCUCUUAGACCAAUAUAUGUUGAUGAAUAGAGCAGAAUAUGUCACCUUUAACAUAUGUUGUAGUUGAUAAUUCUACCACUCGAUGUCACUUUAGUUUGUCGGUCAGCUCUGAGACUAUUAGGCACGAAAGAUAACAAUACAUCAAAAUCAGUGCUUUCCUCUGAUUGGCUGCUGGAAGUGUAUACGGGACAGUGUUGUGGUUAGUUUGGACGUUCCGGUCUACUCGUUAAGAUGAACCUUACGUCUCCAUGGUGAAACCAGUACUGUGGUUUAGGGAGGACUUUACACUCUAACUUAGGACUCAACUUACACACAGCUGGUGCAACAGGCUGCAGACCACUACUACUAAAGUUGAGUUGAUCUGAUCCAGCUUUACUUCAGGACUAAAGUUAUCUGGGUCACCUGAUCCCAGAUAGAAAUAGAGACGUGGGUUUUAAAAUUCAGAUGGCUGUAGUUCAGAUGAAACCUUUAGAGGAGCCGGGCCCUGACGAUAAGCUGCAGGAGAUGUUUUUCAAGGCUUCUUCCUUUAGUUUGUUUUUUUGGUUUGAUGAUGAAGAGUUGCAGCUUCGACACAAAGACAGCAGGAGGAUUGAAAAGAGGUGCACCCAUUGAACCCCCUGAAGAGCAAUAAAAGGGACUUGUGAAUCCUCCUCCGCCGCUGCUGCUGCUGCGGCAGAAAUGUGAGUUCAAGUCUCCUUCAUGAAGUGGGUCACUGAUGAAAAACCAACGUGAACGGGGACAGAGGCAGAAAUGAAAGCUCUGUGUGAGGCUGAUUUCUCAUUUUGGGCUGAAAGGAAGACACACACACUUUUAUUCUUUCUCUCACACACACACACACACACACACACACACACACACACACACACAGGGAUGAGUCCUAACCACACUCCUUCACAAAACUACACCGAGUCCAGCUGAUCACGCUUCUGCUGUGUGUGUAACGAGUUUAAUUCACCGCCACGUCUCUGUAUCCUCACACGCUCUUCUCUUUACUCGUGCGAUGCUAACCUGUCCCUGAGGAUUAUUAGAGUCCACACUGUAACUGUGCUCACGUGAACAUUAACACUCCUUACCAAAAUGAAUCAUGAAGGAUGUUUGUGAGACGUCAUCGGGUGAAUAAGGCUAGAUUAUAUUUUAUUAUUAACUUUUUUAAAAGUCUACAUUUUGUACCUGAUGUGUAAUUAUGUAAUUUAAGGACCAGAUUAAAGCGUGUAUGUUUCAGGUGGGAUUAAUGCAAACUGUAAGAGGUUGAAUUGGACACUGCACAGAGUUCCCGUCGACAGCGUCUGCUUCAUGUUCUGCCAGUUUUAUGGAGUGAAAAUAAAAGCAGCUUUUCUCACGUC